CUGCUAUGUCACAGUAUCACCAUGGCAAUAGAUGGAAAGGGGUUCCAUCCAUCCAGGCCCAGCUUCACAAUUGCUCCAGCAGCCUUUCCAUAAGACAUGGGGCCCGGUCAAGAUGGAUGCCAUGUCCUCUGCUCCGGCAUCUUCGCCUCUUUCCAUUUCAGCACCCUCCUGGGUCUCAGCUGCCUCUUUUUUACCUUCCCAUGCAGCUGGCUAGCCCUCCACGUCUCCUGGGCCUUUCCCAUUAUCUGUGCCCACCUUCUUAUCCCAACCAUUCUUUACUUCCUCCUCACCAGUUUCACAGACACAGGAAUCCUUUACAAAGGCAUUGACGAAGAGCUGAUGAACCAGGCUGUGACCAUGACCGAUGCCAACCAGCACUGGUGCAACAAAUGCCAGCUGUACUGCCUGCGCCACACCUUUCAUUGCUCCUGGUGCAACACCUGUGUGGAGGAAUUUGACCAUCACUGCAUAUGGGUGAACAACUGCAUUGGUCGCAACAACCUCCACUUUUUUGUCCUCUUUGUGGUCUUCCUGACUGGCUAUGAUGUGGUUGUCCUGGUCUCCUGCUUUGUCUACAUGGCCUACAACUGCCAGCAGGCUAUCGGCGUGGAGCAGAUUUGCACAAUUCUGGUGACCAUACCUGCUACCUUUUGCCUGGUGCCACUCCUUAUCCUCCUCUGCAACCUGAUCUGCAAAAACCUAGCCACUCAGCACAAAUCCAUGUCUAAGACUCCCUACUCCAGCCCUCGUCCUACUUACAAGCAAUACUAUCCAGCUUUCUGCAAAAGGCGGUGUGAUGCAAAAAAGUACAAAGCAAAGCCAGCCAUGGCAGCUGCAGGGACCAUGAACCUGGAAGCCAUGAACGCCUCUCAGCACCACCACCUCUCCUGGAUUUCUGACUCUGACAUGGCCCAUCCAGUCUCCUGUCCCCAUGACUGCUGUCCCCAGGACAUGUCCAGCAGACAGAAGGCAGUCAAGGCUGGACAGCACUUCCUAUCUGCCAUGGAGAACCUCCUGUGUCGAAAAGAGCCCCAGCUGGAAAGAGAAUCGGCAGGAGCACACACUGGAAAGGAGGGUGGAAAGAAAAAGAAAUGCUACUGGCAACUGACUCCCACAGACAGGAGAGUGGUGAUCCCCAUCCCAAACAUGCUGCGCUCAAUAGAAUUGCGUGACCCAGAUCAAGACAUACACUGGAAAUGCCAGAUCCAUGACAGCCUGAGAGACCCUCCCUCGCCCACAGCCAUGCUCCUUUCCACAUCCGACAUCUGAGGAGCAUCACAGAGGCUAUCUCUCUUGUGCACCAUCCACUGUAGUAGUUUUGUACUAAGAAAAGGGGAUUUUAAAAAACAUAACCCAAA